AUGACCGAGAGUGUGCCUUCAGGAGAGGAAAUGACCGAGAGUGUACCUUCAGGAGAGGAAAUUGACCGAAAAUGUACUUCAGCAGAGGAAAUGGCCGAUGUGCCUUCAGCAGAGGAAAUGACCGGGAGUGAGAAAAAGGCGAAUACCCGUCCAAGAAUGAUUUAUGAAGCAGAAUAUUUACGUCAAAAGAAGGCUGAACUCAGCCGUGAAGGAAGCGAAGGUCGGUGA